CAAAGUAUUAUCCAAAAAAAAAAAAAUACUGGUUACAUAUAUACUUUUUUUUUAAUUCUUCAAAAUAUGAGGUCGCAUUGUGUUGUGUUUUGAACAAAAUUUCUAAAAGAUAUUUUGUUUGGAACAAAAUUUUUAAACAGGAAAUUUUAUUAGGCCAGUUGGAAAUAUUUGGUUGAUUUCAUUUCAUUUCAUUUCAUUUGACACUGCCUAAUCUGCUGUCAAGGCCCGGAAACUAAAGAAAGUUUUUAUCUUCCAUUUUGAACGGUUUAGAUCAUACCACAACCAAAUCUAUUGACAGAAUCAAAGAACAAAAGUGAAAACACAAAAAAGAAGCGGAGAGGUCUCUCAAAUUCGGAAUCAAUCAUGGCAUCUCUUUCGAUUUUGGUAACGACGAUGAUGAUGAUUCUAGGGUUAAUUACAGCUAGCGACAACAACCAUGUCUACUCUCCCUGCACCGACACUCAGGUACAGAUCUCCGACGGUUUCACUUUUGGAAUCGCUUUCGCUUCCUCCAAUUUCUUUGGCAAUGCAAACAAAUCCCAGCUGUCUCCUUGCGAUCGAAGGCUCGACCUUCCUAACAAAAAUUCUCAGCUUGCCCUCUUCAGGCCCAAGGUCGAUGAGAUCUCUCUCCUUACCAUCAACACUUCUUCCUUUUCUCCGGAUGCUUAUGGUGGCUACAUGGUCGCAUUUGCUGGUCGAAAAUAUGCUGCAAGGUCCCCCCCUGCUUUUGUUGCAAAUGGUUCCUAUACUGUGACCAGCUUUACUCUUGUGCUCGAGUUUAAGAAGGGAAGGCUUCAAAACUUGUAUUGGAAAAGAGACGGUUGUUCCAAAUGCUCCGGAAAUUCCAACUUUGUCUGCCUCAACAAGCAGGAUUGUGCUAUUAAAACAAACAACUGUAAAAACCAUCAAGGCACUGUAGAUUGUAGCCUUGGAAUACAAGUGGCAUUCUCUGGCACAGAUAAGCACCUUUCUUCUCUUAAUUCUUGGUAUGAAGUUGAGAACCUUCGCCAGUAUUCACUCUAUGGCCUGUACUCAAAUCUCAAGGGUUCUCUCACUGGUCAAUACAACAAGAUAUUCUAAUUGUACUUCUGUAGCCAUAGAUGUAUUUUCCUUUUCUAUUUUUUUUUUUUGGCCGGCAUGUUGUAAUUCUUUGUCACAUUUAGGUCUUUUUCACUUUGAUUUCAUUCUAUAUUGAGUUUUUUUUUUUCACCAUGUGGGGACUUUAACCAGAAAAACUCAUUGUGACUUGUGGUGUGUAAAUUUUAUGUGGAACAAGUACUCUUUGCUUACAUAUUGAGGAAUUUUUGUGCUUAUGUUA